CCGGUUUUAUUUCAUUUUCUAACCACAGAUUUCAAACUUAACCUAAAUUUAUUCUGCGGUGAACUGAUUAAAAAUAAUGUGAUCAAGCAAAUUUUGAGAACAAUUUUUAAUUCCAGUGAAUAAUUAUGAAGGCGAAGUGGUUGCGUGUAUCAGCUAUGCUGAUAGUAUUAUUUAACGUAGUCAGUGCAUCCAAAUUAAAUGUUCCCAGGGUUUUGUUGCCCAUUUUCAACGAUUUCCAAUCGAAAUUUGUUUUGGAAGCUACAGAAGGUGGCUGCUACAAAUGGAUAACGACGAGAUCUGACAUUAUUCAACUGUCGCUAAUUGAGGAAAACCAGGAGUUUCACUGUUCCGCAAAGGUUGUGGUCAGUACGGCGACCAAAGAGGCAGCUCGGAAUAUAGCAGUGGUUCUAGCUGAAGAGGUUCACACUAAGCAAAACCUCAGAUGCGAUGUGAUCGUCGAUGUUAUUCAUUCUUUGGCUAUCACCACCACUACCAAGGAGCUUUUCAUGGAAGAAGCCCCAGAAGACUUUGAAGUCAAGGCUUUUGAUGACCAAGGCAAUGAGUUUUCCACGUUGGAAUUAGUGGAAUUUGACUGGAAUAUAAUUCCAUUGCGGCCUAAUAAAGAGACUGUGAUCAGGUACAUUUCAUAUCGCGAUUCACCGUAUGAAGUACCGCCAGGUAUACAAUCAUUGGAGGACAGCAACAAAAAAGGAUAUUCCAUUUUGCUGGAAGGUGUAAAAAGCGGAUCUGCGAAGGUAACUGUUAGACUUCCUUAUAGUGAAUACAAGCAGGUACCAACUCAUGAAGUUCAGCUGAUGAUUGUCGCUAAUUUGCUGCUGACUCCCGGUGAAGUGUAUGUGAUGGCCGGGGAAAUUGUGCCUUUCAAAAUAUUUUACAUUAACAAUGGAAGGAUGGAAGAAAUUUCGAUGCCAAAUAACCAGUACUACAUAGAGGCGGAAGAUUCAACAAUUGCAUCAUCUUACAAGCAGUCGGGAAAUGUUACUGCCUUAAUACAAGGCAAAACCAGGAUCGUUCUAAGAGAUCGAAAUGUGGAUAAAGAUGAUCCUCUGUUAAAGCUACCGGCUGCCACGCUGCAUGUGGUCGAACCAGAUUAUAUACAAUUGAAUGUCAUGCCGCAUAAGAAUUGGGCUAUUCUAGUUGGGCAACAUCACGAUCUCACAGCAGAAGUAUAUGAUAGUUCCAACCAUAAGCUAUUCCUGGGUGAAUCAGUACAAAUGUUCUUAGAAGUCACUCCAGAGUUUUAUACGUCUUCGCAAACUAUAAACGGCAGUUGGCUAACCGGUUACGGCAUGAAGCAAGGCAUUGCCACAGUACAGGCUACAUUAACAACAACAGCGGAUGGAAAAACUCGGCUUAAAACGCCAAUAGCAGCGAAAGCCGAAUUAAUAAUUUAUCCAGCAAUCACAAUAGAACCUUCAGAGAUUAUUUUACCGUGGGAUCCAGUUACUAGGCCUACCUACGACAUUGAUCUCAUUGCCAAAGGAGGCGAUGGGCGAUUGUUCUGGUCCAGCAGCGACAACUCUAUAGGCGUGGUUAGUCAAUCAGGCCAUGUGCGAACACAUUCCAAUGGCUUCUUUGAAGUGUCCGCAGUGAUGAUGAGCAACCACGACAAUCGCCAAUCGGCAAAGUUUAUUAUUCUGCCACCAUCCAAGUUGGAAAUAGUGGAGUUUGUUAUGGAAGCUGAGGUAGGAUCGCCGGUUUAUUUGCAUAUCGCUCUCUAUGCAGAAGACGCAAGAUCGGACCGUUCAACUACUUUAGUUCCAUUCACUAGAUGCCAAGAACUCCCAUUCCAAGUGAAACAGUCUGAUGUGAAAUUCAAGCAAAACAAAACGUCCCUGUUGCCUCCAGUCGGGAUUUCAUGCGGUAAUAUCGCGAUGGUGGGCUUAAAUGUUGGUACAACUAAAGUCACCGUAACUUACUUCCAAGAUGGCAAGGCGUUGGAGGAUGCAGUUACUGUUAGCGCAUUUAGACCACUCCAGUUGUUGCAGCCAAAAAAGGACAUUGUACUAGCAGUUGGUUCCACAAUUAACCUAGUGUUUACCGGGGGGCCGCGCCCUAUGUUAGGCAGGGCCGGUGAUCACCAAAAACUAGUGGUGAGUGCAAAUAACAGCGUAGCGCAAGGGCAAGAUGUUACAUCACUCCAUUCGAUCCAAGGAGAAGACUUCACGGUAGUUCAGGUGCUAUGCCGAAAAUUAGGAGAAACCGACAUUAAGCUAAUGAUCUCUAACAAUCCGACUGCGUCCAACUGCCAAGGGCAAACAAGCAGCGUUACAACAAGAGUGGUGUGUGGCAAACCGAGAAGAAUAACACUCCAACCGGAGUUACAAAUUGCCGAUACUUCCAACUGCCCAAUGGAUCUCAGUUCCGGGAACGUUGUGGUGCAAAGUACCGGCGUUAUAGAUAUCGAUGUUGUGGUUUGGGAUGAUUGCGGAAACAGAUUUUUGAACUUCUCCAGUCUCAACUUGCACUGGAGAGUUUCUCCCUUUGAGGCGGGCAUUCUAGUCAAUAAAGACGGAGUUUUUCCAAAAAACAUCUCCUUAGGCACGGUGGCCGUAGCCGAUAAAAGUUACCAAUCAUUCAUGCCGCAUAUUGAUAUCGGUCCGAUUGAAAUUAACGUUACCGUGAUGAAUUACAAUUCUGCCAUAUUGGGUAAGCAUUCGAUCAAGCCAGAGUUUCCUGCCUUCUUAGGCCCCGAAGAUAAAAUCGACGAAAUCGAAAUAAAAGCAACUUUGGCUUUGUACUUGGUAGAAGACACUGCUCUAGGCGAGUCUUCUCUGACUCUUUUCAACCAUCCAGGGAAUAAGAAGAUUGUCAAUGUUCUUCAAGGGUCGGGAUUUUUCGAAAUUGCAUUAAGCGCCGACGAUAUUGUGGACGUUACUUACAUGGAAAACGACAAGCAGCUUGAAAUAGCUCCACUUAAAUCCGGCGAAGUCACAAUACAACUUUUGGAUUUGUGUCUAAUGUCUAAACCAGCCUCGUUGCGAGUAACUGUGGUGUCGGUAGGCAUUAUUCGGGUCGAAAUGCCAGACAAAGUGGAAAUCACCAAGUGCAUCCCCUGCAACGUGAGACUGUAUGAUGAAAAUGACAAUUUGAUGGAUAUUCCAGAAUUGAACAUGGUUGAUUUGAGGCCAGAAUUCGAGGAUAAUAUUGCAAAUAUUCAGCGGGCCGAACAAGAUCCCAAACAUCCGUGGGGUGUUGGGGAAAUUCGCUAUAUUAUUACAGGUGUCGACUUAGGGACUACGAAAAUUGUAUUUACCGCUGCAAGUAAUGAUGAGGAUGUAACCAGCGCUCCUAUGAAUCUGCAGGUUUUUCAACCGCUAAAGUUACACCCUCGGAAUGGAACAGUGUUGGUCGGAGCUUCGAUACAAUUGGUUGUAAAAGGAGGCCCACAGCCCGAUACUGAAAUUAUAUUUACUGUUUUAGAAAAUAAAACAGCAAAGGUAUCAGAUAAAGGCAUAAUCACUGGCCUGGCAAUGGGAAAAACGCGAAUUACUGCGCAAGCUAUAGGGGUACAUCCUACUACUGGACAAUCGAUGGUGUAUACAGAGGACUUUGUAGAAGUGACAGUAAUAGCACUAACAGGUGUGAAAAUCGGAGCCCCAUUAACAAGAUUCCGAGUAGGAGCCACAGUUCCCUUUUGGUGUUUUGGAUUGCCCGACGUUUCGCCUGUUGUAUUGGGAACAGUCAUUGAUCCUCCAAUUCAGUUCAGAUGGUUAGUUGAUGAUAAACUGCUCGCAGAUUUAACCGGCGUUUAUCAUCCGUUAGGAAUUAAUAUUGGGCGACCAGAUCGAAUUGUUUUGAAACUGACAGGGUUGCAAGCGGGAACAACUCGUGUAAUUGUAAACGUAACAAUUCCCGGAAUCGUUGCCAAUAAACCAAAUGUUCACACCCUGAUGUACUCGGCUUAUGUCGAUAUCGAAAUUGUCGAUCAAUUCGUUCUAACAAAACCCAGCCAUGUUCCUGGAAGUUCGCUAUUAAUGGCCCCAUUCUCCCAUGUUCAAUUAGAAACUAACAUGGAUUUGGUCAAUGAAGUUAUUUAUACUUUGCCUGGUGAGCAAAUUCCAUCUACCGAACUAUUAGCAGACAAGGCAGUUUACAGUUCCGCUGACCGCAUUGUCACCCUUUCAUCUACUGGACUAUUGCAGUCUUUUGGCAUUCUGGGGCAUGCCUUGCUUAUAAUUAUUUCCACAGACGCAAAUGGCUUAAAACAACGACUGAACAUAGUGGUUGAGGUGAAGCCUAUUCAGUACAUGAGCCUCAAUAUUCAGGCUCAUUGGCGUAUAAGCUUUAACAAUCCCAUUGCUAUAGUUCCUUUGGGAACCGAUUUUCUAUUGGUUGCUUCCUACCAUGAUAACAUAGGGAAUGUCUUUCAUGCGGGGCCGACGGAUUUGAAAGUCAGAACCAGCAGAUGCGACUUAAUAAAAAUUAUAUCGUUUCCUGAAAAUGGGACGCUUUGGGUGAGCACUAAAAAAGAAGGGCAUACGAUGUUAAAAGUUUGGGCUGACGGCAUUCAAAAGACAUCCGAUUACGUAAAAAUUCACGUAGAGCAAUCGGUGAAACCUGUCUUAGAUCACUUAACUAUGGGCGAUACAGUUUGCCUGUGGUCACCAGUUGUAUCCGAAUACAAUACUCCGGGAGCCUGGAAAAGCAGUGAUUCAAGUCUAGUUGAGAUAAAUCCCGCCCUGGAUAUUGGAUUUGUGGGCAAUAAAGUUGGAACUGUGACUCUAACUCAUUCUCUUUUAAUGUCGGCUCCGAUUCAUUUGCCCAUUUACCCGGUACAUGCUAUAGAAUUUCUACUGCCACCCAACUUUGUUUUUACUAAUGGAGAAGAACAUUCGGUGACCAGAUUCGUUUUGGUGUUGCAAAGUGAAAAAAGCGUAGGACAGAAAAUUAACAACCUGAUUCAGGGCUGGAGAUGUAGAACGGAUGUUCGGAAGCUAGUGCGACCUCAAGGGUUCAAUUGCUUUAUGAAAUUCUCUAAUGAAUCUCUAGACAUCAGCGUACACGAUAUGUAUAACAUUUCAAAUAGCUGGGUGCCCGAAACAGGACAGUACGCGUGUAAAUUGAUCAACACAAACUUGAACAACUCGGACAUAUCCCUAUUGAGUACAAAUCUAACGCUGUGGGCGGAAACCGAAGACGGCGAAAUAACCUCGGAGAAGCAGAUAAUAAAAUUCUUGCCGGGGGUGUACGUAGAGCCGGUGUUAUAUUUGAAAGAAACGAGCAACACUGGAGAAUUGCUGAUUAAGGGCUUGCCUGAAGUACUGAAUGAACUAAACGUUUUACCAGCCGAUAGUACCAUCCUGUAUGUAUCGGCGCUUAAAUCCAAAGACAUACAUUUCAAAAAAUACAAAGUCCAGUUGAUUGAUUAUCACUGGCGUUUGGCUGAAAUGCAAGACGCGAUGGGAAUCAACGUGGUUUCCGUUGGUACCAAGCAAAAUAUCCGGGUGCUGGUGAAAGUAACGGGGGAUUUCAAAGGAGCCCAACAGUGUGGCGUAUCCAGAUCGCCCAUCAUUCACUUUAUGCAGAACUACAAAUAUGCCAUGAUGAUGGCCAUAGCAAUGGUUGUUAUAUUCCUCAUUACAUUUUAUUUCUAUUCUACAUACAUGCAACCUGUAGUUCACGUAAAUGUGAGCCCAAUGAGUCGUCCAGGACCAAGUCCGACAUGUGCAGCAAAUCGUUCUGUUAUGGGCCCGCAGCGGGGAUACAGCCCGACUUUGAGUCAAUCUCCCAACAGCCCACUUCAUAUGCCGAACCAAAGUGGUGGUUGUUCAUUUAAUUGUUCAUGUCAGAGGCAUGGUGCAAGAGAACCCGUUUAUGGGGACGCAAGCACAUUUUAUAACAAUUCGUUGGAAGUGAGGCGGAAUCGAAAAUUCAUGUGAAGAUAAUCUGAUUAACUGAACUACCAAUCACUGCCAUUGGGUACUCAGAGUCUGAUUUCUUGUUAUCGAUCAUUUAGUUUGCGUUUUUUUCUCAGGGAGUGACUAUUUUUUACCAAUAAAUUUUUUGUGAAAUUCCUGAA